AUGGCGGACGCGGUCGGGCCUAUCUCCAAUAACGCGAGCUUGCUCGAGGACAAGUACAUUGGCUUGGGACUUGCAAUCUCGAGCUCAUUAGCCAUCGGCUCGUCCUUCAUCAUCACAAAAAAGGGCUUGAUAGAUGCUGCUGAUCGAUCAGCUGGCUACAACUCUUCAGAGUCAUACUCCUACCUUCACAACCCGAUCUGGUGGGCGGGUAUGGUGACAAUGGUCGUCGGCGAGAUAGCCAACUUUGCAGCAUACACGUUCGCACCUCCGAUAUUAGUGACGCCUCUGGGGGCUCUGUCCGUGCUGAUAGGCGCCAUACUCGCGUCCAUAUUUCUCAAAGAGCAACUAGGCAAAAUCGGUCGCGUCGGCUGCUCGCUGUGCCUAGUCGGAUCGAUCAUCAUCGUCCUACAUGCGCCAGAGGACAAGGAGAUCAAGACUGUCGAUGAGAUAUUGGGCUACGCCGUUCAGCCAGGCUUCAUGUUUUACUGCGCUUUCGUGCUCGGCUUCUCGCUUUAUAUGAUCUACAAAGUCGCGCCACAGCAUGGCAGCAGGAAUCCGCUAAUCUACUUAUCGAUAUGCUCGCUCGUCGGUUCAGUCUCCGUCAUGUCCAUCAAAGGCUUCGGCAUCGCACUCAAGCUGACCUUUGCGGGCAACAACCAACUCACUCAUGCGAGUACUUAUGUCUUCGCGGUCGUCGUGGUCGUCUGCAUUGCCGUGCAAAUGAAUUAUUUCAACAAGGCCCUCGACCUGUUCUCAACGAAUGUAGUCAACCCGAUCUACUACGUCUGCUUCUCAACGGCGACAAUCGUGGCCUCCCUCAUUCUAUUUCGCGGAUUCAAUACAUCUGGCGGUGUAAACACAGUAUCGCUGCUAUGCGGCUUCCUCGUCAUCUUCAGUGGCGUGUACCUACUCAAUCUGUCUCGUUCUGACCCGGACGGCACAGCAAACGGACGGCAGAUACCCAACGGGCCACGGCAUUCGCUGCUCGAGAAUGGCGUAAUGCCUAGGAUGAGUCUGUCCGGCCGGCAGCUCUCUUCGGAUGGCAGCAUGCCACUCCAGCAUGCUUCUCGCAACCAACGUGGCUCGAUUACAGAAUCAAGAUCAUCACUCGCAGAUGCACUAUCGCCAUCAGGGCGGCCGACAGCGAUCAAAAGAGGCAGCUGGUCUUUCUAUCAACAGCCGAAAGCACAAGCCUCAGUGGUCUUUGAUGCGCUGUCCGAAGAGCAGCAGUCCCUCACCGCACGAGCGGAUGGAGAUUAUAGUCGACAUAACGGCCUCGCGGGUAACGGCCACGGGCCUGUCUUCGGUCUUGAAGACGAGGAUGACGAUCAAGAAACACCAAGAUCGGCGGAUCAGUACAAUGGGCGGAGGUGA